AUGUCCUGGACCAGUUCUGAAAAACGGUAUGUGAGCAGUACUGCAUACUACGAAAUGGUUGACAGAGUUAAGAAAAAGUUAUUCAUGGCCUGUAAAGAGACCGAAACCGUUGAAGAAGGUAACGAAAUACUUACCGCGGAUUGCGCAAAAAAUGUCAUUGGUUGCAGAAACGGCAACGGACACGCUCCAAAUUAUCAAGAAGAAGGCGAACAAACAUUCACUGAAAAACACACUAUAACGUCAGUAAAAAAAUACAUUGUUUGCCCUGGCAGUUCAGAACUAGAACUAGAAAGUUCUAUCAUAUUGAUUAAUAGUAAUGCUAGUGACGCUUCAGAUGUCGUAAAACAAAAAACCUCAAGAAAGAGAAUAAGGCGCCCUGAAAAUUGGCAAAGAAUUGCAAGGAAAAAAAAAAGAGAAGCUGGGGAAGAAUAUGUUAAUAUUAAAGGAAAACAAUGUCCAGCGAAACAGGUUCACGCUGGAUGUGACGAAAAGUGCGCAUACAACUGCUCAGCAAAGUUUACAGAACAAGAUAGAGAGGACUUGAAAAAGGCAUUUUAUUCAUUAAACGAUGCCCAGAAAAACAAAUAUUACAACGAAUUUACAUGUAGGGUAUGCUCACAAAGGAAAAGAACAGAAGCAGAAGAAAGUUCUCAUAUCAGUACUUCUUUUUAA